AUUUAUUUACUUAGAGAUGCAAUGCAUCGGUGGAAACCAUAGAGGUUACUAUAAAAGGAACACAAGCUAGCCAAACUACAAAGCACACAGAGUUUCCCACAAUAUAUACAAACAUUUACAGAGAAACCAACAAUGGAAAACACCUGUGAAUCUGAAGAUCAACAUGGCUACUCUGCAGGCUCUUGCGUCGAUCAUGAGCACAAGAAGCUCAGGCUGUUUGGUUUUGAGCUCAAUCCGUACAAGAACGUCGACGAAAAUAUCAAAGCUGAAGGAGACGAGAGCGUAAACUCGUCAAACACAUGGAAAGCAUCAACCAGCAGCGAAGCCGAGCAACUUGACAACAAGAAGUUCGAGUGUCAAUACUGUUUCAAGGAGUUUGCGAAUUCACAAGCGCUUGGUGGACAUCAGAAUGCGCACAAGAAGGAGAGGAUGAAGAAGAAGAGGCUUCAGCUCCAAGCAAGAAAGGCCAGUAUCAACUAUUACCUUCAACCUUUCCAGACUUUGAAUCAUCCUCAUGGUUCUGCUGCAUCAGCUUCAUGGUUCUAUGAUCCCUCCUCGUAUGUUAACAAUACCGAACACUUUACGCUCCAUGAAGAAUCCCAAAUCAGCUUCAACCCGUACGAUCAAAAUGGAUCGAACGAGUCUGCUGCCCAGGUUUCUAAUUGGUAUGCUUUCCCUGGAGCAGCUCAGUUUCCUUACCAAGAACUAGAUGAUCAAUCAUCUAGGUUCACUUUGACACAAACAGAUAGAUCAGGAGAAAGUAGACCUGUGAUCUUCACUAAGCCUAAUUCGGCUUUACCUGCUUCGACUACUCAAAGUUCAUGUAAACCUUUGGAUCUUCAGUUAAAGCUUGGCUUGCCAUCGAAGAUACGAAGAUCAUCUAGAAGUGAAGUUUAGCUCAACAUGAUGGUCGAGUACUGAUUGAACAAUCCCAUGUCUUCUCCAGAAUAUACUAUUAGAUUUAUUUUUAAUCUUCCAACUAUAGUUAAGAAAGAAAGCAGAAGAAGAAACUGAUCGAAUCACAUUUGCAGUUUUCAUACGUACAAACACAUGAUUUGAUAUCUAUAUAUAAUAGGCAGAUUAAAUACAGAUGUAGUUGAUUGCAGAGAUAUAUAUAUAUGUUCUUUGCUGCCAAUUGGUUGUAUAUAGUACGUAUAUUUGUACGUAAGUACGUACGUAGUACUAAUUACCUAACAAUUACGUACAGUGUUGGAAUGAACUUCAAAUCUUUACUCA